GUCAUGCAAUAAUAUAACUUAACCUAAGUUUGAAGAUGGCACAAGUUGAACUUCGUGACGAGCAUGGGAACCCAGUUGAACUAACAGAUGCAUAUGGGAAUCCGGUUUGGUUAACGGACGAGAAAGGCAACCCGGUGCACCUCACGGCUGUGGCAACCAAUGCACACAAAUCUAUGCUUCAGAAUGACACCCCACAAGAGCUUCCUCACUCCAAGAGUUCAAGCUCGUCUGAGGAUGAAGGGCAUGGAGAGAGGAUCAGGAAGGGACUGAAGGAUAACAUAGAAGAAAAGUUACCAGCUGGAGAAGGAGUAGUGAAGGAGAAUAAACACACCACAAUUGCUGCUUCUACUUCUACAACAGAUACUAGUGAUGCUAAUCACCACCCAACCACUGAGCAUGAGAAGAAGAGUAUCAUAGACAAGAUUAAAGAAAAAUUCCAAUAAAUCAGCAGUGAAUAUUAAUAUAUAUUCACGAAUUGAAGCUUUGUUUAUUUGUUAUGUUUUUUUGUAUGUCAUGGCAUAGUUGGUUUUUGAGAGUUUCGAGCAUGUAUAUAUAUAUCAAUAAGAGAAACGUUAUUCUCACAAAAUUUUCAAGAAACACCUUUCUCAAUAGAGUAAAAAGAAAGAAAUGUAAGAUAUAUGAGUUUAAUUUCGCUGUAUGAUCAA